UGAGCCUUGUCCGGCUAUCGUCUGUGUACCGCCAGUCAGUUGUGUGACAACUACCAUUCAGUGUGUUACCGUCUUCCUUCCAUCGAAAAUUAGUCUGUGACUAGCGUCUAAACUUCGGAAACACAACAAAGAUUUCGGCUUUUACAACGAAAAAGUUAAAUUUCAAGAAGAAAACUAACUAAAACGAAAUAUGUCCGACCAGCAGGGAGACGACGGCAGCGAGUGGAGAAAAUCGUUGCCCGGACUCUCUGGGUCGGAUAAUCCGCUGUGCACGCCAAAGCAGAUCAAAAACUCAACUCUAGACGAAUUGCGCCGGAACGAGAGACUGUGGAUAGCGUACGAGAGAGGCUGGUGCGAUUUGUUGCAGUCAUUCAUGAAUAUGCAGCUGAUGCAGUCUGAAACGUCGUAUAUGUUGCCUGAACUCGCGCGGCCUGGGGUACUAGACCCCACAAAUUCUGUAGCUUCCGGUGCAAUCGACGCAGCCACAAAUGUAUCUAAUCUGGAGAGUGUAUCGAGUAGUGACCCGAUGAAUGAAUCAGCUAAAGUAGAUGUGACAGACAAGGCAAGUACAUCAGAUACAACUGUGCCCGAAAAUGGUUUGCCCAAACAGAUUGAUGUUCGUGCUCUCGCAUCGCGUAUAAAGCGAACUUACAAAUAUUCUGACGUUCGCCUGUGCGAAUUCCAAGGACUUGGGCCACGUAAUACACAGCAAAUGUCGCCGAAAACUGAAUCCGGAGAGAUUGGGGUCUCGAAUUUGGUUGAACAGAUGUCAGCGAUCAGAAUCAAGAUCACGACACCGGAAGCAACAGAAUUCGAACUAACCGAUACAUUUGACGACGAUGAGAAGUUAAACGCCGACAACGAAUAGUUUUUGCAAGCUAAAAAAAAAAAAUUUAUUAUAAUAAUCAAUUAUUCAUAAAUAUUAUAAUCAAGACUUGGAAGUUAUAGCACUAAAUUAUUUAUUUUUUAAUCCUCUAAUAUGCACUUAGAAAUACCAAAAUAUGCAUUUUAAAUAUCACUAAAAAUUGAGAAAUAAGACAUAA